UCCGUCCUGGACCAGCCCGCCUGCCCCGCCCCUCGGCCCCUUUAUCCCCUCGCAGGGGAGGAAGGACUGACCCGCAAGGUGGGGAUUAAGAAUCAUGUUGCACGAAGCAAGGGACAGGCAGAAGUUCGUCAGUGAUGCUCAGUAUCUGCGGGACAUGCAGCAUAAGGUGGACUCUGAAUAUCAGGCUUGUCUGAGACGACAGGAAUGCAGGAGAGACUCAAAUGAGAAGAAACGGGAUCAACCUGGGGGGCAAGAGACAACUUUUGAGAGAUCUAGGUUUUCAAGUGGGUCAUCUUCCAAACAGAGUUCUGGUGAGGAGGAUCCUCUAGCUGAACCGAGAUUAUCUACCAAGAAUUCUGUGGUUAAGUGUGAUUCCAGACUGCCAGCGAUUGACCAAACAUCAGUCAAGCAGAAACAUAAAAGUACCAUGACUGCAAGGAAACCAGAGAAAGUGGUCCCCAGCAAACCAUCUCCAGGUGACAGCAGCGAGCACCCCCUGUUCUGUGUUGAAUAUUCCCCUUACUGCUCCGUCUUUGCUUUCUCCCCUGACCAGCAGCCCAAUACCAGUUACUGCUGCCUCCUCCUGCCACUAGUGCCACCCGCCUCCCCAGUGGCCCAGGACCCUUCCCCCUAUCUCCCUCCAGUUUCCUUUCCCUCCUUCGUGAGCCCCACUCUCUCCUCCCCGGGUCCCGUGCCCGAGUCUCCAGCAGCCCUGUGCUACUUCCCCGUCUCCUGCCCUACUCCGGCGGAGACCCCUGUGCUGUGCCUGCCCGGCCCCAGAAGGCCCAGUAAAAUUUACCUCAUGUGGUAAGCCAUCCUCAGCAAGGCAUGCAGCACAGUGGAGUCAGGGAGAGGGGGACUUCAGGCUUCCAGAAGGCAGGUGGACGAGAGAGGGGCCAGAGGG